AUGAAUGAUGUUUCAUCAGAUUCAAUCCCAAUAUAUCUAGUUGUUACAGCAGCAAAUUGGGUCUCAUACCUGAGAGCUCUGCUCUUCAUCUUUCUGGAGUCAAUUGGCUUUCUUCAAUGGAGACACCAAGAGUGCCAUGAGGGUGAAAAUCUGGGACUUGGUCUGGCCAAGAUUAUGGCUUUGGCAGAGGAAUUGGAGAAGAACCCAAGUUUUGGGUAUGGUUCCUGUGAGGGCGAUGGUGGAGAGGAGAGAGAGUGUGUGGUCUGCCUCUGCAGAAUACAGCAAGGGGAGGAGGUCAGGAAGUUGGGUUGCAGCCAUGUCUUCCACAGAUCCUGCUUGGACGGUUGGUUUGGGAUGCUCAAGAUGAAUUGUCCCCUAUGCAGAGCGCCGCUGAUGGAGGAAGAGUCCUUUAGAUCCAAGGAAAAGCAGGUCUCCCUUGAAAUACUUGGAUGGUUUUUGGAAGGCCAACACUGUGAACUAUUUGCCUUCUUCACCCUUUUUGAGGGCUGUGAUAGUCCUUUCUGUGGUGCCAUGCGUCUGAUAGUUCCUCAUUAUGUAUGUCAGAAAGCUUUCCUCAAGUUUGUUGUUUUCCAAGCAGGGAUAAAGUCCAAACCCUGA